CCCUCCCCGCACGCCCUAUGCCCAGCCAGCCAGGCCCCCGGCCCAGGCUCGGCGGCCGCACUCACCGCCUCGCUCCGCGCCUGCGCCGCACGCCUCAGGGGCCCGCCGAGAGGGCGGGGAGGUGACUAGUGGUGAAACCAUGCAGCGGUCCUGGGAAGGAGAUCAUUUUGCCCGCCAGCGACGGCGCCUUCAUUCCACUGAGCGUUGUGCCCUGGCAGCUGGACAUCAGCUCUCUGUUGACUAAGACGACUCUUCUGAGAACCAACUUAUAGAAAAGUUUCCUUUUUUUGUGAAGUCAUUUUGUUUUCAGACAAGAUUUGAAUGAAGCUGGUCAUGCUCUGGAUGCCUUACUUGCAUGUGUUCCCUCCCCACCUAGAUGAGGAAAGCCUUUUCUACCUCAGGGAGGAAGAGAAACAUAGACCACAAUGACGGAGACCCGCCAGAUGUGCACAGGAAGCUGCCAUCCAGUGCUGCAGAGGACUGAGCCAUGCUGCUAGGGUUUGCAAUGAUAGGCUUCUCUGUCCUAAUCUUCUUGCUUGGAAUAACCAUCCUAAAGCCCUUCAUGCUCAGCACUCAGAGAGAAGAAUCUAACUGCACUAUCAUCCACACGCACAUCUUGGAUGACUGGAUGGACUCUUUCACCUGUGGUGUGGACUGCUGAUGUCAGGGCAAGUACCCGUGUCCGCGUGUGAACCCCACCCAUUCAGGUCAGAAAGUGCUCCUACAUUAUAAUGAAGAGGCGGUCCAGAUAAAUUCCAAGUGCUUCCAUACACCUAAGUGCUACUGGGAUAGAAAUGAUUUGCUCGACAGUGCUCUGAACAUAAAGGAAUUCUUUGAUCAAAAUGGGAACCCCUUUUCAUGCUUCCACACUCCAGAGAGCCAAUCCGAAGAUGUCAUUCUCAAUAAAUAUGACCAAAUGGUUAUCUUCCACUGUUUAUUUUGGCCUUCAUGACUGAUAGAUGGCACCCUGAUAGUUGGCAUGGUGAGAUUAACACAAUACCUAUCCCUCUUAUGUGAAAAAUAUAGCACUGCACUCAGAGACGAGGUAAGUGACAGAGUUCCUUACAUGGCACAGCAUCAAUUCAAACUGUGGAAUGGUGGGAGGAGCAAAGGAAGGAGCAGAGAAAUCUUAAGACGGUGGCCAAAUUAAAGUCCGGGCCUUCAGAUACCUGCAAUUUCUGCACUUGAGGACCUAAUUAUGCCUGCUUGCAAACUAACCAUGUAGAAGCAAGGUAUGACAUUUCAUGUGGGAAAGAAAAAUCUCAUUAAAAAGUCUCAUUAUGGGGCUUCCCUGGUGGCACAGUGGUUGAGAGUCCACCUGCCGAUGCAGGGGACACGGGUUCGUGCCCCGGUCCGGGAGGAUGCCACAUGCCGCGGAGC